AUAGCCCGAUGGCUUUUGGGAUCACCUUCUUCUCUAUUUUAUUUUAUUUUUAUUUUUCUGCAGUUAGGACAAAAACGCUUUAUUAUUUUUACUCUUAUAUUCAUUGGUGUUCCUGCCUUGUUGGUUAAUGUGAGGAAAGAAAAGGGGUUGUUUCUGUUUUGUUUGUGAAGAAGGAAAGGGUAUAUUGGAGUGGGUUUGUGUUGGUUUCUGGAUUUCUUCAGUGUAAGCUCUGAAAAUGGAGAGAGAUUUCAUGGGUUUGAACAUAAAAGAAUCAUUGUCUGUGUUGAAGGAGGAGAUGAACAAUGGUAAUGGGUGCAAAGACUCGGGUUUUACGAACGGUGCAGCAGUAAAAUGGCCCUUCUUGGACAAAGUCUCUGUUCAUCCUCAUUUGAUGAUGUCUUUCAGCGCUUCUCAAGAUGACAAGGCUAAAAUGAAGGUGUCUGAUUCCGUCAAAUCUUCUGGAUUCUUUGCGAUCCCAAGUCUUGAUGCAUUUGACUCUAUUAAAAAACGCACUGCAGCUGAACCACAACAGAAAUCUUUCAAUCAUGAUGGAAAAGGUGGCAUUCAUUUUUCCCUGACUCAACAUGAUGUGAAUACUGUGAAUCGCCCUCAUGAUAUGAAGAUGUUUUCGGUUUCCAUGGGACAUCCAUUGCUAAAGAAUCAUUUUUCAACUGUUGGUCAGAAUAUGAAUGAUGCUAAUGUGAAACAACCACUGCUUGGGGGAAUACCUGUUACAGUUCCCCAUUCAGCUAUUCCCAUUGUUGGUGCUGUUGCUGGAAUGACUGAAUCGUGCACGAAACCGUCUACACCUGCUCCUCAACUUACCAUCUUCUAUGCUGGCACUGUGAAUGUCUUUGAUGAUAUCUCACCUGAAAAGGCACAAGCUAUCAUGUUGUUGGCUGGGAAUGAAUUUUCUGCAGCUUCUAACAUGGCACAGCCCAAAGUUCAGGUUCCCGGCUUAAAGUUGGCAGCAGGCGACGGUGUUCCUGCGAGUCAAUCCAUAAACGUACCACCCUGCUCUGGUCUUUCAAGUCCUUUAUCUGUUUCUUCACAUACUGGUGCUCAAUUAGGGAGUGGUUCUAGUAGCAACGAUGAAUUUCUGGCAGCUAAAUCAUCUGGAGCUCCCACCACUUCUAUUAGCAAAGUGGAGACUCCAAAAGUGGUCAAUGCAACCGCCAUGUUACCAUCAGCUGUGCCACAGGCUCGCAAGGCAUCAUUGGCUCGAUUUUUGGAGAAGCGCAAGGAAAGGGUGAUGAAUGCAGCACCAUAUAACCUCAACAAGAUGUCUGAGAAUGUGCCACAGCGGGAUUCAAUGGUUUGUAACAUCAAUGCAAGUGCUGGUACUGAUGCACUGUCAACCAAGCAAGGAUAGAAGGAGCCUACUUCAGAUAGAGAAUAUUUGUUGUAGGUUGUAAUAUAAUCAUGUCGGAAGAUGAUGAUUUUAUUUUAUUUUUAUCAAAACUUGUGCUGAGAUUCUUAAGUAUCAGACUAUGUUCAGUACAUAGGUAGGGCUUUACCUUAAUUAUUUUUGGUGUAGGGCUUUACCUUAUUACGUGAAAGGUGGUUGGAUUCUAGUUUCCAACAGUACAUAUAGCAUUAGCAUAUAGACCACUAUUGUAACUAUAUCUGACAAUUUGUUCCAUUGUGGGAAUUAAAGCAAGUUUAGAUAUUUACAUUUACCUUGUUAAGGGAAUGUAACAUCAAGUUAUGUUAUUAUGGGUGUAUGAGAAAAUUAGUAAAAGCUUUAAAUUUGGUGUAAAACUAAUAAACUAGUUAAUCGAAUUAAAUAUUCAGUAAAAUUAGUUUUUAAAUUGAAUGAUAAGUGUAAAAUGAUGUUUAAU